UGGCGUGGUCUGGGACCCUAGCUCUUUUUGUAACAUGUUGUCUGGCAUGAGGCCCAGUCACGAGGGCCCUUUGCGACCGGGCUGAAGGAACACAAAAAGGUCAACUUGUUUUUGCGAUUGUUGCUUUUCAAUAACUAACGUAUAGGAAUAGACUGAAAUAGAGAUUUCUCCGAAACAGCGUUGGAUGAACGCCUCAAGGGGCUCCCACAACCUGUUUCGGGACUUGGUGACCAUUGUUUGUGUCCAUGUCAGUUCAAAUUUAAAUAUUAAAUUUUUCCUCCUCAGUGUUCAAGUCAACUUUUAUGGGCAUCUUAUUUUACACAAAUGUUAAAACAGACAACAGCCACGACUCUGGUCCACGGAAACGUUCUAUCGCCGCCCAGCCUUUACGCAAAGCGACACAGCUCGAAAAGCUAGACCGACCGUCCCCGGCGCCGCCACGCCUGCUAACCCCGCCCCCGCCACUGGCUCCUUUCGGUGCGGCCUUGCUAUUGGCUCCUUUCUGGGAGCCGUCGGUUGCCGUGGAGACCGAGGCGAUGGCAACCAGGAGAAGCCAAACUUGGUCCCCCGGCUCGCGGCGUGCCUGCGCGCGGUGCUAAUGGCGCUCUAUGAGCUCUUCUCUCACCCGGUCGAGCGCAGCUACCGCGCGGGGCUCUGCUCCAAAGCCGCGCUGUUCCUGCUGCUGGCCGCUGCGCUCACGUACAUCUCGCCGCUGCUGGUGGCCUUCCGGCGCCACGGGUUUUGGCUGAAGCGGAGCAGCUACGAGGAGCAGCCGACCGUGCGCUUCCAACACCAGGUGCUGCUCGUGGCCCUGCUGGGACCCGAAAGCGGCGGGUUCCUCGCCUGGAGCACGUUCCCCGCCUUCAACCGGCUGCAAGGGGAUCGCCUGCGCGUCCCGCUCGUUUCGACUAGAGAAGAAGACAGGAACCAGGAUGGGAAGAUGGACAUGUUACAUUUUAAGCUGGAGCUUCCCCUGCAGUCCACGGAGCACGUUCUCGGUGUGCAGCUCAUCCUGACUUUCUCCUAUCAAUUACACAGGAUGGCCACCCUCGUGAUGCAGAGCAUGGCGUUUCUCCAGUCCUCCUUUCCUGUCCCGGGAUCCCAAUUAUACGUGAACGGAGACCUGAGGCUGCAGCAGAAGCAGCCGCUGAGCUGUGGUGGCCUAGAUGCCCGAUACAACAUAUCCGUGAUCAACGGGACCAGCCCCUUUGCCUAUGACUAUGACCUCACCCAUAUUGUUGCUGCCUAUCAGGAGAGGAACGUUACCACCAUCCUGAAUGAUCCCAACCCCAUCUGGCUGGUCGGCAGGGCCGCAGAUGCUCCAUUUGUGAUUAAUGCUAUCAUCCGAUACCCUGUGGAAGUCAUUUCUUAUCAGCCAGGAUUCUGGGAGAUGGUAAAGUUCGCCUGGGUGCAGUAUGUCAGCAUCCUGCUUAUCUUCCUCUGGGUGUUUGAAAGAAUCAAGAUCUUCGUGUUUCAGAAUCAGGUGGUGACCACCAUCCCUGUGACAGUGACGCCCCGGGGAGAAGUGUGUAAGGAGCACUUAUCCUAGGAAGGCCGUUUCUGAAGACUCAGCAGGACCGUGGCUGCCUCACCGUAAUCGUCUGGGAACAUCUUAGGACCUUUUGAAAGAGCCCAGUGGACACAUGGGGGCUUGUGUGCUUUUCCCUCAGAGACAACAGUUCUUUCCAGUUUUGCUCUACACAAAUUCCGUAUCUUCAGAGCUCCUGCAGAAUCAUCAGGGACUAGUUUGUGGAAAGGUCUGAGGGUUCCUGGAGGCUAUAAUUAGCUUUUUGGGUUUUUCUUCUUUGCCUUAGCAUUGAAUUUCAGGAGAAAAUUGCAGUCAGUUCAGACAUCUUGGAAAGCGUCCCAUCUCUGGUCAAGCAGAGACUUUUCCUCUGUUGAACUGAAAAACAUACUGUGCAUUUCUUCCUUGAAUUGUGAGCCACUCUUACUCUUUUCAGGGCUCUCUUGUGACAAACAUGCCAAUCACUAGCACUUUGCACCCCUGGGCAUCUCCAUUUCCCAUUCAGAGCUUUGAUUUCCAGAGCUGAGGCCUUUAACUGGAGACCUGGAGGGGCAGGGCCCAAGGGCAAUGGCCACAUUAGCACAGGCAUCAGGGAGGGCCGCUGAAGAACACUUGGAAGGACACUUGGACCGUCCACCUGCCCCAGCCCAACAGUCAGUCAUCUGUCAUCAGCUCAGCUGAGCAGCCCUGGAUCCCUGCCCGACUGUGGCUGGGUCUUUGCCCUGUCCUGCCCUCUGUCUGUGCCCCUGGAUGGCAGGCUAAAGUCAGAGGGGCUGUUUCAUUCCCAGCCCCCUCAGCAGCACUGGGGGAAGAAAGGAUUGUCCCAACAGGUUCUUUCUGGCCCUUACCCAACAGCCUGGGCACUUGCCCCUCCUCCUCCUCGACAGCCCUCCCCCUUCCUGCAAAGGACAGGGGUGACAGGAGUUGGUGUUGGGAUUGGCUCCCACUGCCUGACAACCACAAGUUUAUUCGGAAGGCUAGCGGGAAGCCCAGCGGCUGGCUUUUCCCUUGACUAAGGAACGGGGUGCCCAUCAGAGUGGGGCAGGCAGCUUUGGGAAGGACACAAGAAGCAGUGAGGGAGUAAAGAGGAUGCUGGCCUGGGCAGGUCAGUCCAGCCUGGCCACCAGCAGAAUGCCAAGCAGUCCAGUGGAUUACCCUCGUGGCUAAGCAAGUGUCUGCGAGAGCAGAGAUGGCUGGAAGGGGCCUCUGCACAUGGAAGAUGGCUUGUUGAGCCCAUUGAUCUCCUGAGGACGCAUGCAGUCUCCUCCAAGAACAGAUGGAGCUGCUUCCUGAUCCCAAGCAGGUCGUUGCCGCUGGAAGGACAUGGCCCCGGUGACCCAUGCUUCGUGCCCACCCAGAAACACACCCCUCAGUGUGUGCCUGAGUUUACUUUGGAGAUCAGUUGGCAUUUUUAGUGCUCCUUUAGGCUUACUAAAAACACUUUUGGAAACAAAGCUAUUUUCAAGUAUUCAAGCAGAGGAAUUCCCUAACACUGACCCCCUUGUCUUUUUUUAAUAUUCAGGCUAUUUUGUAUGCCUAAAUUUUUUUCUUAAGAUCUAAAUGAAAAAUAAUUUCUUGUUUAAAUUCCCAUAAGGCAAUGAGAUAUGGAGAGAUGACAAGAUACAUAUAAACAUUGGUUUGUAUUUUAUUAAAUUAUUCUAAUGCAAAUCUUCUAUAAAGAACCCAUGAUGUUGUGUAACUUUCUAAUUAAAAUGUUCAAAAUGAGGCCAAGCAUGGUGGUUCAUUCCUGUAAUCUCAACACUUUGGGAGGCCAAGGCGGGAGAAUCACUUGAGCCCAGGAGCUUGAGGCUGCAGUGUGCUAUGAUUGCACCACUGUACUGUAGCCUGAGUGACAGAGUGAGACCCUGUCUCUUAAAAAAAAAAAA